AUGCGGGCAUCCAUCACCGUGGAGACGCAAGUUGCUGUACUCUUGUAUUAUGUGAGUGAUGAAGGCCGCCUCAGCAAAACAGCCAACGCCUUCGGUAUCUCCAGAGCGUCAGUGAGCAUCAUAGUCCGCCGAGUAUCGAAGGCGUUCACGCUAUGUCUUGGCCCCAAGUACAUUGUUUUGCCCACAUCGGAGGAAGCAGUGGGAGACCUCGUCAAGAACUUCCACAGACAGCAUGGCUUCCCACAGUGCAUCGGUGCAGUUGAUGGCACGCAUGUGGACAUCAAGCAGCCGCAGGAUCAGUCAACUGACUAUAUCAACAGGAAGGGCCGGUAUUCCUUAAACGUCCAGGCAGCAUGUGAUUAUCGCUAUUGCUUCAUGGAUGUAGUGGUAAAGUGGCCUGGGAGUGUCCAUGAUGCGUGUGUGUUCGCUAAUUCCCGGCUGAACCAGUUCCUGAAGGAGGUACGAUUCCUCCUUGCCCCCGAAAGCUCCUGGAUGACGAGAAUGCCAUCGGUGUGUUUCUGCUAG